AUUCCUGACGCUGAGCUCGGCGCAGAUUUAGUACUCAAUUGUUGUGCUGCUACAGCGUACGUGAACGCGGACCGUCAAACGCAACGUUCAGUUGUCUGUGAAGUUCCCUACGUAAAAGUCAACGGCAACGGUUUCAAAGGCAACGCGAAAGAGUCUGUCGGCAGCAGCCAGUUGUGAAGUCCUUCAUCAAAACGCACACAUACAACAGUAAAUGUAUAUGAAAGGAGAGUGUCAUAAAUCAAGCGAUUAUCCUGUAAACAAAGUGUAAAACGCGCUCACAGUUACAACGGAAAACAAACAAAAACAACAUCAACAAAAACCGGAACCAACAACCCAAUAAGGAGUUUUCCGCUGCCGGGACAGCUCCUAAUAAAACCCGAUUUGUACCACGUUAAAAGCCAGAAAACAACAACAACAUAACUCUCAGUGCUUUUUAUUACUUGAGCAUUUAAUUUUGCUGAGUUGGUGUUGGACAUUUGCUGAAGACCAACAACAUUUCGGCCAAAGCUACUUUGGCAUUUUCAGGAAUCGCAGCGAAAAACAACGCACAACAUUGGAUUGGCUUUGAACACAUUGUAUAAUGCUUGCGCAAGUGAGAUGACGCCACUGCAAGUGAGAACGAUACGUUAGGCGGCGUUGACUAUGGGACCAGAGGCAUGGGCGUGUGUGCGGACCCUGGGUCUUAUCGAUGGUGUCAGGCAUUAAGCCGGUCGCGUUCGUCGUGCGCCACAAACACAAACCUAUCCACAGGAAAGCAACAUCAACCACAAUCGGACACAAUCAGCGAAAGUACCAGAGCAGAGUCAACAAUCGUAGCAUUCGCAUUGGGAAGAGCUACGGCGAUUCACGCCGCUUCGACUCAAAGGCUGCCGCCGAAAACGGCUGCGUUCACGGUGAAAGCGACGAGCAGGAGACAUUGCGACGAGGACAACGACGUCGCAGUGGACGUCGUCGGUUGCGUUAGUGCCUCGAGAACCUGCCACGUCAGCGGCGGAUCCAUAAAGAUUCUGAUAUUUUUACUGAUUUGGUUGCUUGCCUUAUUGGCAAAAAAUGCACAAGCUCACAAUAUACCAGAGGAUGCUGUGCACAUCACAGCCAUACUGGGCGAGGGUGUCGUCUUCAAUUGCCACGUUGAGUUCCCUAACGAUCAUCCGGUGCCAUAUGUCCUGCAGUGGGACAAGAAGGUGAGCGAAACGGGCUCCGAUCUGCCCAUAUACAUCUGGUAUGAGAGCUACCCGGAACACAUUGAGGAGGGCUACAAGGGACGCGUGUCGCGUGUGUCGCAGGACUCGCCGUUUGGCUCUGCAUCGCUCAACCUGACCAGCAUUAGAGAAUCGGAUCAGGGAUGGUACGAAUGCAAGGUCGUAUUUCUUAACCGAGAUCCCAAGCAGCAUAAGAAUGGUACAUGGUUCCACUUAGAUGUACAUGCACCGCCACGCUUUAGUGUUACACCAGAGGAUAUUAUAUAUGUUAAUUUAGGUGAUUCAAUUAUACUCAAUUGCCAGGCAGAUGGCACACCAACUCCAGAAAUUCUUUGGUACAAGGAUGCGAAUCCCGUUGACCCCUCGCCCACGGUUGGCAUCUUCAACGAUGGCACCGAGCUACGGAUCUCCACGAUACGGCACGAGGAUAUCGGAGAAUACACUUGCAUUGCACGCAAUGGUGAGGGACAGGUCUCCCAUACGGCCCGCGUUAUAAUUGCGGGCGGCGCUGUAAUAAUGGUGCCGCCCACCAAUCAAACGAAACUCGAGGGCGAAAAAGUGAUAUUCUCAUGCGAGGCUAAGGCCAUGCCCGGCAAUGUCACGGUGCGUUGGUUCCGUGAGGGCUCCCCGGUGCGCGAGGUGGCCUCUUUGGAGACACGAGUCACCAUUCGCAAGGAUGGCUCGCUAAUCAUCAAUCCAAUCAGUGCGGACGACUCGGGACAGUAUUUGUGCGAGGUGACCAACGGCAUUGGAGAUCCGCAGAGCGCUUCGGCCUACCUGAGUGUUGAAUAUCCAGCCAAAGUGACCUUCACUCCGACCGUGCAGUAUCUUCCGUUUCGAUUGGCCGGAGUCGUGCAAUGCUACAUCAAGUCGAAUCCACAGUUGCAGUACGUUACGUGGACGAAGGACAAGCGCCUGCUUGAGCCCUACCAAAUGAAGGACAUCGUGGUAAUGGCCAAUGGCUCGCUGCUCUUCACGAGGGUAAACGAGGACCAUCAGGGACGGUACACGUGCACGCCGUACAAUGCUCAGGGCACGCAGGGCGACUCGGGCGUAAUGGAAGUGCUGGUCCGCAAGCCACCAGCCUUUACUGUCGAGCCGGAAACGCUUUACCAGCGCAAGGUCGGCGACAGCGUCGAGAUGCACUGUGACGCAAUCGAAGCGGAGGGUACGGAGCGGCCCACAAUAAAAUGGCAGCGCCAGGAGGGUGAGCAGCUGUCGGACUCACAGCGCAACCGCGUCAAAAUAUCCGGUGGCAACAUCACAAUCGAUAAUUUGCGUCGCGAAGAUUUCGGAUACUACCAGUGCGUGGUCUCCAACGAGGUGGCCACUCUGAUGGCCGUCACGCAGCUGGUCAUCGAGGGUACUCAGCCACAUGCGCCCUACAAUAUAACGGGCAAGGCCACGGAGUCCUCUAUAACACUGCAGUGGCUGCCGGGUUACAGUGGCGGCUCCGAGUACAAGCAGGACUACACUAUUUGGUACCGCGAGGCGGGCGUCAACGACUGGCAGACGAUAUCUGUAACGCCCUCCGGCAGCACCCAGGUCACCAUCAACGGAUUAGCCUCGGGCACCAGCUAUGAGUUUCAGGUGGUCGGCCGCAACGUGCUCGGCGAUGGCAUGAUGAGCAAAGUAAUGACUGUGCGGACACUGGACCUUUUAGCCUAUUUUGAUAUAUACUUUCAUACCGAUUCGCGAGGCAUGAUUGUUUAUUCACCGCCCAAGUUGAGAUUGAAAGGACCUAAACCCGGGCCACCACGCAAUGUGUCCGUUACGGAAAUUUCGAAUGGUUUCCUCAUCACCUGGCAGUCGCCAUUGGAGCGCGCACACAUUGUUAAGUUCUAUACCAUUAAAUAUCGCACGGAUGCGGAGUGGAAGACGCUGAACCGCGGGCAGAUACGGCCGGAGGAGACGCAGUAUCUGGUGAAGAACUUGGUGGGCGGACGUACCUACUAUUUCCGCGUGCUGGCAAACUCGGAAAAAUCGUACGAGUCCAGCGACGAGGUGAAAUUCCCGGUGCCGGCGCGUGUCAAACAUAAAGCUAUAACAGCCGGCGUCGUUGGGGGCAUCCUGUUUUUUAUUGUUGCGAUCAUUUUAUCGGUUUGUGCCGUAAAAAUUUGCAAUAAACGUAAACGACGAAAACAGGAAAAAGAGUUCAACAUGGUAGCUUGCAGGAUAACCGACGCCCGGAACAUUGCAGCCAAUAAUCAUCAUUUGCACAAUCGCAGUACGGGCUCAAUUUCCUCUGGUCAAGUGCCUUUAAAAAAAUGUGGACUCUUAACACGUUCUACAAUUAUUAGGUACAAACAAACCCGAAUAUCAAGUCUAACUGCAAUACUCAUCGCCAUAUUGCACUGGAUUUGGCCACCCGAUCGCUGCACCAACUGCCAUUCCAUCUACAGUUCGCCCAACAUUCAUGAGCAGGGAAGACGUCGCUCCGCCCAGGACGGUGGCAAGCUCGGCUACGACAUGAGCCUGGAGAACAGCAUCGACGUCGUGGACGGAGCUCUAUUCGAGCGUCGCAACAGCAAUGUAUCCCAAAAGUCCUCCAGCGAUGACGGAGGCUUCCUUUCGCGUCGCAACUUCAUCACAGCACGUGCCUCGUGGCGCCGUCCUCUGGUGGCAUCUUCCAGCCAAGUUAGCCUGCAGUCGGCAGCGGAUUCUGCACGUGGUUUCCUGCAGGGAUUGGGCGGCCUGCUUAAAAUUGGCGGCUCUGUCAAACAGCAGCUAUCCGAAGAGGCCGUGUCCGGCGCGAGAUACCAAAACGUUCUGCGUCCCUACAGCUCCAACAUAUAUAGGAAUCUGCAGCAGAACACGGCCAACAGUGGACCACUGCACAUCAACACGAUCAGCGGCAAUCUCAGCCAGAGCCAGCAGCUGUUGUCGCCACAGCUCUACACACCCUCGCGUGCCUCGCGCAUCUUUUCCAGCUCACCAGCGAGCACACCCGGCCACCAGCAGCAACAGCAAUUGUCGUAUGGCGCCUAUCCAGGUCAACACACACACUUCAGCGAUCUCAGCACUGUUUGUCCCAACUCCGCGGAGCGAUCCUUGCCUACAUCACACUUGAGUGGGGCCGGCAAUCUGAGCCGCUAUCGGUAUCAUUCGCAGGAGCUGCCGUCCCUGCGGACGAUUCAGGAAGAGACGCGUCGCCAACAGCCUUAUCCGCAUCAGUCGCAGCAUCCGCUGGAGGAUCACUUUGUGCCGCUGCAGUUGCCUUCGCCGCCUUCUUGGCGCAACUACUACCAAACGCAGUUGCCAUAUCAGAGUUACAGACCCCGCACUCGCUGGUAUCCCCGGCACUAUUCCCGGCUUUUUAGCCGUCAGCAGCACGAACUGCUGUCGCCGCUGCCCGACUUGAACCUGUCGCUGCGAGGGACGGCCCAUGGGGCUGGCGUGGGCCUGGAGGCGUCGCCGGAGUCGCGUUCCAGCUCGAGCGGCUUUGGCUCCAAGAACACGUCCAACCAUCCGGGCAGCACCAGCGAGUGGCGGCUAUUGCCGCCCUACCGUCCGCCGCCGUCGCCGCCCAAACAUUCGGCAUACUUUGGCCUGAAUAUUGCCGCGUCGGGCAGCCAGCAGGCGCAGGCCCAGACCCUGGUGCCGGGUCAACUGCAACAGCAGCCAUAUCACUAUUCCUAUUUGCAGCCCAGUCCGCUUUCGGCUGGUCUGACGCCGCCUUACACCAUGGCGCAUUGGCUGGAAAUGAUCUCAAGACUUAACGCGGCCACGGACAGCAACCUGCCCAGGACCUGCCAGGUGGAUGUCGGCAGUGUUGAUGGCCACUAUGAAUUCGACCCUGCUACGCCCACGCCGAGCGCCUCAACGCCUACGGGCGUCGGCCUACUGCGCGACGAUCUCAAUCUUCACAUAGACACGAACCACUAUUCACACCAUCAUCAUCAUCAGGCAUCCUAUCAUCAGCAUCCACAUCACACUCUGGGGCCGUUGAGCGGCAGCUUGUUGCACGCCUCGGCCGCGGCCGGCUCGACCUCAUUUGGUGGAUCAGUGCCGCGCAAGAUCCGCAGCCUGCCGCGCUAUGACAAUGUCGAAGCUCGCCUCCAGGCCAUGCGGGAGGAGUUCUAUGCCUAUCGCAAACGCCAGUCCAUGCAGCGGACGAGCGGACCCGAAAUCGAGAGCGUCUGCUAAUGUCUCAGAUGCGACCGCAAAGUAAACAUGUAUCCAAUGCACAACCAUAUGUAGACGCACCUGACUGGAAUGAAUACCUGUGAGUACAGUAGGAAAAUACAAUCGAAGUAAACCGCAUAAACCAUAUUUUAAGACGAUAUCCAAAGCAGCGCAAGCCCAGCUCAGAUAGUGCAACUGCCCAAUCCAUGUUAGACACAGUCAUAUUAUGAACUACAAUUAUUUAAAGCCAUGAACAAUUAGUAGUUUUUUAUGAUAGAACAAGCGGCAAAACAAAAUCAAGUUGAAUGAAAUAAAACGAAACGAAAUAUAGGACACCAAGCAAGGGAAGAUUUUUUGUAAAUAUUAAAUGCAUUCCGUGGUGCACAUUAGAAGAAGGCACGCAGCAAAAUAUUUAAUAAUAUUAAAAAAAAAAAAAAAACAAAACAAAACAGCAACAACAACUAUAGCAAUUAUGAGAACAUAUUAUUACUUAAAACUCAAUAUAUUAUGUAAUUGUAAUUGAUAUUUGAACACAAUAUGCAAAAUGAAUAUUAUUUAUAAUAUGAUGUAUUAGAUAUUUAAAGAAUAGGCCACACAGAUUGAUUUGUUAAACAUCAAUUAACAAUUAACAAACAAUCCACAAACGUAAACGAUAUAUUAUGUUAAAUUAAAAACUACGUAAAUCGAAGCAAAGUAUGAUAGUGAUUACGUCUUUAGUUGUUAGACUAAACGAUUGAAAUGUUAAAAUAAAAGCGAUAAAAACUCUGAAAAUCUACAUAUAGCAAGAAUUGUUUUAUAAUUAAAUUAUUUAAUGAAAAGAACAAAAAUAAGAUUGAUAACAACAUUAAAAAUUAACAAUAAUUACAUUUAAUAUAACUGCUGCAUAUAAGUUUA